CAAAAUUUCCGCCAUUUUGGAAGCACGUUGAGCGGAAUCUUGUCUGAUUUUCGUAAAUUUCCAGUUAAAUUGGCAUCAUCAGAUGGGAGUAAAAGAUGCCUCAAAAAAUCUUCAUUGGUAACUUAAGUGGAAACACAGAACCAUACGAUAUCCGUGUACUCUUUGAAAAGUAUGGCAAAGUUAGUGAAUGUGAUGUUCUGAAGAACUAUGGAUUCGUGCACAUGAUCAAUGAGCAGGAGGCCCGCAUGGCAAUUACUGAACUUGAUGGAACAACAGUCAAGGGAAACCGUAUACGUGUGGAGCUCUCCACGGGAACAUCAAAAGGAGGAAGAGGAGGAUUUGGAGGUGAAAGAGGACGUGGUAGAGGACGUGGUGGUGGUGGGCCUAUGAGAGGUCGAGGUGGAAGUAGAGGUAGAGGAUCAGACAGAUACUCCGGUGAUAGUCGUCCUCCACCUCCUCCAGAAUAUGACCUGUACUACAGAAGGCCAUCACCAUAUGACUAUUAUGAUAGGCCAUACGGUGCAGAGCGAGCCCGAGCUGAUGAUAGACGGCCUCCUCCCCCUCCCGAGGACCGCUAUCUGAGGGAUAGAUAUCCUCCUUAUGACAGAAGGCCACCACCCCCAGACCCCUAUGACAGGCCGUAUGAGCGACCCAGGGCCCCUCCAGCUGACCCCUACAGGAGACCCCCACCAGACUAUUAUAGUAGACCCAGGUACCCCCAAGAUGACCCAUAUUACCCAGAGGCGAGGUACCGGUACGAUGAUGCAUAUUACCCCGAGGCCAGAUAUGCCCCCGAGGAGCGUGCAGAGGCACCCCCUUCUCUUCCUCCAAGGAGCAAUGACUACUAUAACGGUUAUCCAGCUGAUUAUGAAAAUGGACAUGAAUCUUCUAGCACAUCUGCACAGAGUUAUUAUGAUCGAUUUUACAAAACGCCACCAGCACGACCAGGAUAUCCAAAACCGGCAGCAAAACCUGGACAGCAGAAAGAUGACGACCAGAGUUUCCUUCAAACAGAACCAAUUUUCUUUUGAUCAUGACCCCUCAUUUAGCAGCAUUCACUUGUCAGGGCACUAACUUUUUUAUCCCACCACUGGAACACGCUUUAAUUUUCAAUUGAUGAGAGGAAAACUGUCUGGAACCUACGUGGGUGAUAUCAUUUGACUGUUGAAUUGACUUUCUUGUGGACAGUUUAGACUGUUGGAUAUCAGAAGGGGCAAUAACUCUAUUUUUACAUAAUAGCAAAGACAAUUUUUUUAUACACGAUUUAAUACAAAAUAGUUUAACCUUACUUGUUCAAUUUUUAAAAAUUUCAGAAGACUUUUUUUUAUAGGAUACAAAUUCUCUGCUUGUUGUUGCACCAUUAUCAUGGUCUGGCCAGUAAUAUGAAUGAUCCUCAACCAUAUGAAAAGGGGAAACCAAGGCCAGGAAUAUAGUGUAACUAAUGUCAAAUGACUACAUCCAAUUCAAAUGUGGCAAGAUUUGAUGACGAGUCUGGUCUUGAUUGUACACAUGUAGCCCGGGUUUUGUUUGUGUUGAGGGAUCUUGAUUGUACACAUGUAGCCAGGGUUUUGUUUGUGUUGAUAGAUCUUGAUUGUACACAUGUAGCCCGGGUUUUGUUUGUGUUGAUAGAUCUUGAUUGUACACAUGUAGCCCGGGUUUUGUUUGUGUUGAUAGAUCUUUAUUGUACACAUGUAGUCCGGGUUUUGUUUGUGUUGAUAGAUCUUGAUUGUACACAUGUGGCCCGGGUUUUGUUUGUGUUGAGGGAUCUUGAUUGUACACAUGUAGCCUGGGUUUUGUUUGUGUUGAUAGAUCUUGAUUGUACACAUGUAGCCCGGGUUUUGUUCAUGUUGUAUGAAGGAAAUUCACUAAAGCCUUGGUCAUAUAUGUUGGACAUGAUUUAGUUCAGUUUUCCCCAUGUUGUAUGUCCAGACAUUAGAUUCAGCUAUUAAAGCUGUUUCAGCAAGUAUGACUUUUCCAUGUAGAGUGAGAUUAAAGUAGUGCUCGUCUUCAUUACAUCAAAACAUAUUAUUUUGCACCUGAAGAGAUCAGUGUUGAAAUGUGUGGAAGUAUGUAUGCGCGCAUAUUUUCAAAGAAAUUUGAACAAAAGAAUUUACUUGAUGUGUGUACUUGAAUGGUUGUUUAAUACAUGUAGCAGAAAUCUCAGUCAUUUCCAUUAUAUAGUGGUGUUAACAGUAUGUGUACCUUCCUUUGAAUGAUCAGUGACUUUGACAAUCAUGCAAUUCGUAUUUACCAAAAAAAAAAAAGACAAUUUUUGGUCAUCUUUCAUGAUAAUUAAGUAACUUAGGUUUCCUUUGAUACACGGAUAUCUGAAGCAUCAUGAAAGGAAUUUGUACUUUAUUAUGUUAUAUCCAUCACACAUGUCCCUGAUCUAUUGCUGUAUUGUACACAUAUUAAAGUGUUACACGUUAUAUAUCAAAAUUAAUUGUCGAUGUGUGGCGAUUCAUUAUCUUUUUACAUGAGUUCUAAUAUUACAAGCUUUAUCAUCAUGUAUCAUUGUAAAUUUUCUUGAAUAAUAACUGGGACUACAUAUGGGAAUUUUUUUCUGCUCAGAAAACCAUACCAAAAUUGUCAGUGUUGUGUUGUAUGUGAUGUAAUGGUAAUCCUGUUGGAUGAUAAAAUCAAGUCGGAUUCUGACUAAUAACACAAUCUCUUGAUGUUUCAAAUAACAGAUAAUUUUGCCAGUUUAUUUUAUAUCAGCCUUUAAGAUAUUGAAAUUCAUGUAGAGAAAUACACAUUUAACAAUUUUUGUUUUGAGUAAAAUUAGAAGAUGUGAUUGUUACCAACAGUUCAUCCAAAAAGGCUGUUCUCAUGGAAUACAAGUAAAUGGAAGAGUUUCUCAUUCAAACAAAUUUUAGGUAUUGCUGAACAAUUUGCAUCUUUGCUUUGUCCUAUUUACAUAGCUGUUGUGUUGUUUAUUUAUGACCUCAUUUGUAUGUCGUAAUAGAAACCAUAUUACAUGUAAGAAAUCGCAUAUCGUCACAAUUUUGUACAUGUCAAUGAGUUCUUCCAGUUUGUGUUGAUGUAAAUUAGAGAGGGCUUAAUUCUUUAGGGGCAAACAGCUUUGGAUCAAACUGAAGACCGGAGGGAUCAACACUUCAAAUUCAUGGCCUGUCUGACAGUUUUAUUCUGGGGAAAAUGGAGAUAGCUAUAAAGAUCUGAUUAUCCUGUGUCUAUAUACAUGGAGAUGGCUAUAUACGUGCAGUUCAUCUUCAGUUACGGUGAGGUUGAGUAGUCAUAGGGCAAAGGAAGGCAGUGGUAAAAGAUGAGGGUUUUUUGGAAAGGGGCAGUGAAUGACGAGGGGUUUGACUUGAAGUAUUACGAAGGGGCAGUAAAGGAUGAAGGGUCUUAAGUAUUUUGAGGGGGAGGGGAUAACAUGUACCUUAUUUCAGGUUAUUUUUGUUGGUUGUAGAUAUCAGUGUUGUUACAUUGGUCUCGACUAUUAAUAUUGUCAAUAUAUAUGUGUGUGUUUUCCAUGUCUUAAGAUGUACAAACAAUGACGCAAUCUGCCAAAAUAACCAGUCAUAGGGUAUGUCAUUUCAUGUGUAUUUUUUUGUCUUACAUUCAUCUCUUUAUCAGUUUAAAAUCAUUUGAGUACCUUGUAAAAUAAAUGUUUUGUAAAAAAAGAAA